UGAAUUUCGCAACCAUCUCCACAGCUUCCCCUCCUCUUCCAUCCCUCAUGGCAUCCUCAACCUCACCCUGGUCUCUAACAACCCACCUCCUCACCCUCCACAUACCCCAGUUCACCCGCGUAACCCAGUCUCCUUUCCUACGCCUCGCCGCCGCCGGCCAGCUCCCCAAACCCACGAUCUCGCAUUGGCUCGCAAAUGACCGUCUAUACAUGCAAGGCUACAUCCGACUAACCGGCCAACUAAUGCUGCUCCUCUCCCUACCCGAAAAAUCCUCGCCAAGCAACACCAAGGACACCGUUGAAGUACGAUUAUUGGAUUGGCUUGUCGACGCACUCGUCAAUAUCCGGCGCGAAGAGCGGUUUUUUAUUGAUGUUGCUGAGAGGUAUGGACUAGACCUCGAUCUUGUCGGAAAUGGGACGAAGAUCGCUGGAGGUGGGAAGAUUGAGGGGUUGAAGAGAUUUGAGAAACUAUUUGGGAGUCUUACCACCAACGCAAAACCGGCAGAUUUCCUACCAUGGUUAGAGGGUGCAGUGGUGUUUUGGGCUACCGAAAAAGUGUAUUUUGAGGCGUGGAGUUGGGCGAAGAGGCAGGAGGCUGGACAAGGAGUUCGGAAGGCCGUUGACGGGGAUGAGGAUGGUGGCGCGAUGAGGAAGGAAUUUAUUCCUAACUGGACGAACGAAGAGUUUAUUGCUUUUGUGGAUACUUUAGAGGGCAUUCUGAAUGAUGCGGUUGGUGACGCGGUUGGAGGGAAUGAGGACUUGAAGAGCGAGGUUUGUGAAAGGGUGGAGAAGGUUUGGAAGGAAUUGUUGGAUGCGGAGGAAGCUUUCUGGCCACAGGUGUAGUAUUUAAUUAGAUUUAGUCUGCACACCAUCCUCUCGGAAGUAGCAACUAGUAAUGAGGAUCGCUGUACGAA